AUGGCUUCUACAUUUACCUCCAUCCCCCUCUCUGUAUCUGUCCAAGUAUCAACUACCAAACCUUCUCACAAAAACCUUAUGGGGUUUUCUUCCGAACGUCUUAUAUUUCGACCGCUUCUUGCCUCGGAUUUUACGGCAUACCUUGCCAUAUACAAGUCAUCUCUAUCCAAUAGCGGAACGUCCUCAACACCAAACCAAAGCCAGUUGGAAACUUUCGUUCAAAGUACUCGAGAAUACUUUCUCGAACGAAAACUCAUCGACUAUGCAAUGGUCGGAAUCUUCCUCAAAAAGCCAGACGGAACCGAAGGGGAGUUAAUUGGAGAUGGAGGGGUGUUCUUCUUGGAUAACAAGGAUGAAAAAUGGCCUGAGAUCUAUUAUGUUUUGAAAAAAGAGUAUUGGAAUAAGGGAUACGCCACUGAGUUUGUAAAGGAGUUCCUAGGUGUUUGGUGGAGUCUGCCACGUGAGAAUACACGCAUGCGUGUACAGGCUAUCUCAUUGGGUAAAUUUUUUUACCAUCAAGAGGCUAAAGAGCAAUUGGGAGCUGAGAUCCAUAUGAGUAACAAAGGAAGUAUAAGAGUUUUGGAAAAAACAGGGUUUGAAUUUUGUGGGGAAUACUUAGCAGGUGGAGAGAAAUUUAGCUAUUGGAGAUACACUUCUCCUCAUUAA